AUGUCAUCCCCCGUGGAGGAGCGUAAAACCUUCAUGGAAAAGGACAAACGGAAGGAUUCGGACGUGUCGCCCACAUCUGAUGACGGAACCUGCGUCACCGAGCCCAUCGAUCGCGAUGAGCGCCUGGGUGGCCUCAGAGUCGACACCAGCCAUGCCCCGGACGACGAUGAGCCCCCGCGGACCCCUUCGGCGCGACGAGAGCAGGCCACUCGUCUCGAAGAUGAUCUCAUGUGUCUGCAAGCCGAGCGCAUGACGACCCGCUCCACCCACGAACCGGAGGACGAACACGACCGCAAUUCCAUCAACCGCGCCCGGUCGCGUCGCUCUGAGCAGGUCGACGAGUUUGACGAGGCCACCAACCCGCUACACGAGAAGGCCGCCAUCUACAAGCCCCCCGAGAAGCCUAACACGCAAAUCGCGGUCUUCGUGAAGAAGCUGCACCAGUCCAGCUGGCUCGUGCGCUAUGUUACCUACAUCUCCCCCGUGGUGAUCCUCCUCCUCAUUCCCUUACUGAUCGGCGCGCUCGAGUUCCCCAACGCCAGCGUAGGUGGCGUUCAGUUGAUGUGGUUCUCCAUUUGGCUCGAGAUUGUCUGGUUGACUCUGUGGGCAGGACGGGUAACUGGUGAGCAAAUGUCUCCCCCGGUCAUUGGUGUUCUUGCGAGUAUCUUCACAAACAACGCGAAGAAAUGGCGCGAUCUCGCCAAACAGCUCGAGAUCCAUGCGGCGCUCUUCUUUUGGUGGCUCGGCAUUGAAAUCUCCUUCUUGCCCACCAUGAAAAACCAUCACGUCGAUGGCGACAAGGGGACUCGCAGCUGGGAAAACACCCUCAACAAGAUCAUCAUCGUCGUCUUUGUCUGGACCAUCCUGAACUUCAUCGAGAAGAUCUUGAUCCAGCUGAUCGCCAUCAGUUUCCAUCUCCGAACCUAUGCCGACCGGAUUGAGAUCAACAAAUUCCAGAUCGGCAGCUUAACGAAGCUGUAUGAAUUCUCGCGGACCACUAUUGAGGAUAAGGAUGAUACAUUUGAGGAGAAAGACCCCAAAGAAACGCCAACGGGAACCAAGACCCCUCUGCACUACGCUGGAGUGGCCCAGCGCAAGGCAAAGGGCGCUUUGAACAAGGUCGGAAACCGCGUCGGGGAUGUGGCCGGUGCGGUGGUGGCCGAUGUCACCGGUCGCACAACCACACGAAGCACCGACGCUUACCAGGUCAUCCUGACCCUCUUGCGAACCACUGGCGGCUGCCAGGUCCUGGCUCGCCGUUUGUACCGCACCUUCGUGCGGGAUGGCUUCGACACAGUCUUUGGCGGUGACCUGAAAGCCGCCUUCGAUGAUAGCGAGGAGGCCGAGGCGGCCUUCACCAUGUUUGACCGUGACAUGAACGGGGACAUCUCAAUGGAAGAAUUGGAAGCGGUUUGUGUCGACAUCGGUCGUGAGCGCAAGUCUAUCACUGCAUCCCUGAAGGAUCUGGACUCGGUCGUGUCCAAGCUGGAUGACGUGUUUAUGUUCUUUGUGUUUGUUAUCGUGUUAAUCGUCUUCCUGUCGCUCAUUUCCACCUCUGCCGCCGGUGUCCUCACGUCUGCCGGUUCUGCUAUCUUGGCUCUGUCCUGGCUCUUCUCUGCCACUGCCCAGGAAUUCCUCCAGUCCGUGAUCUUCGUGUUCGUCAAGCACCCCUUCGAUGUCGGUGACCGUGUCACGAUCUACGGUAACGCCGGAGACGCCGGUCUCGGUGAUGAUUACUUCGUCAAAGAGAUCACUCUGCUGUACACCGAAUUCAAGAAGAUGCAGGGCCAUGUGGUGCAGGCGCCCAACAGCUAUCUCAACGGACUCUUCAUUCUCAACCAGCGUCGAUCUGGCGCCCUCGCCGAGGCUGUUCCCAUCAUCAUCAAAUACGGUACUUCCAUCGACCAACUGGACGCCCUGCGCCAGCGACUGUUGGAGUUCGUGCGCAGCGAAAAGCGUGAUUUCCAGAGCAACAUUCUGACCGAAAUGCGCGCGGUGACCGAAAACUUCUCGCUGACCCUCAACGUGGUGUUCUUCUACAAAUCCAACUGGCAGAAUGAGGGUCUCCGUCUCCAGCGCCGCAACAAGUUUAUUUGCAUGCUCAUGGUUGCCCUCCAGGAGAUUGGCAUCGAGGGCCCACGCAUGAACCUCCAGGGUGCCAAGUUCGAUAUUCCCUUCCAUGUCAACUAUGGCAAUGAGCGCCAAGCUCACAACCACCGGAACGAUCCGAUCGAAGCUGAAGAGAUUCCCAUGUCGGAGGACUCUCGUGGCCUGCCUGAAAACACCGCCAGCAGCAGUAGCAGUGCUGCACGUCAUCCAUCCAUUCUCCGCAAGGGCAUGAACACCGCCACCGCGCGUGCCCGUGGCCCAUCUAUCUCGCAGCGCAAACACGUCGACUUCUCCUUGGGUAUGUCUAACAUGGCCUCUAACGACAUCAUGGGAGACGUGUUCGAAGACCGCGGUGUUCGCAUCGACGACGUGGUCCGUACCGCCAACCGUGAGGCCUCGGAGCGCCGCAUUCAAGAAGAGGCCGAGGACGAAGAGGAGCGCCGGAGUCGUACCUCCUCGUCCCGACAUCGCCGUCCCUCAAACCUGAGCGCUCCCAGCAACAAAGACGAAGGUCGCCGGUCGACCGACGCCCACAGCUUCCGGAGUGGUCAGUCUUCCCUCAGCCGGAAUCGUUUCUUCCACCACCGGAGCAGCGUCACUCAGGAACGCGAUGACCUGAUGGAGCAGGGACGCUCCGCCUCACCCACUCAACCCCCUCCGGCCGCCGUCCCCGGUGUGAAGGAACAUCCGAAUUGA